AUGAAUCUGUCCAGUCUCGCUGCAUGCCCCGAUGAGAUCACAGAUGUCUUAACGCGCCAAUUCUGGGCGUCUUGGACAGAUGAAAAUAGAUUAGCUUACAUUAAAGUGCACCAUGCUGAUGUUUGGACGCGUUUCAACUCCGAUGCAUCCACCAUACACCCCCUGAUUCCAAUUGAUCCCGCGCUUAUUCAACUUUCUACCGGUUCUAUGGAAUCUAAUGGGGUGGAAAACACGUCCAGAGAGACCGAAAAUGUGUUAAGGGCUUCUGUGAAUGCUGUUAGAGGACGCAAGCGCCGUACCCUUGCAUCAGCCCCCAAGACAAUUGCCAAGAAGCUGGCGCGGGAUCGAACACAAUCAGAGAAGAAGGUUGUGAGCAAAGCAAAGCGAGAAAUGGAGAAAAGAAUCUUUGCAAUAACGGGAAUGAGCGGUGCAAAGGGACCAUGGCCACCUCACAACUCCGAACGAAAAGAUGAGAAGUCAGGACUCACUUUCCUGAACCCUGACUUCCGAGUCGGUGUGAAGAUGACUGACCCCGCUAAUCGGCUGAUAUGGGAACAAGCAGCUGUGCAGGUUCAUGAAGCUAUUUGUGUACGUACCUUGAAGGCAAUACUGGCAUGGUAG